AUGGCCAGCGGAGAGACGUUGAGACAGGUCCUCCAUGUCCCCGAUCGUUUUCAAGAUCUCAAACCUAAUAGACAACUUCCUAUCCCAAGCUUUGUGAAUAUAGAGGUGCCGACACAGUCCAAUGAUCUCCUACCUUACGACACUCGCACAUGCUUCAGUACCGAGGAGGCUGAGACUGAUGAUGAAAUACUCUUCGAGUGCCUUCGAACACGGCCCAUACCCAGCACGGAUUGGCGCGAAGAAAUGGAGGAGAACCUCUCAAAUGCAUUGCGGAAUGGAGCAAGAUCAAUCAAAGAUCCUCGAUUCCUGGGGCCGCGUUUACCACUCUGGGCCCUCACAUACUGGAAGGAUAUCAGUGCUAUCGCAUCAAUGCACUCACGGUGGGCUGCAGCGUUGGGCUGGUUGCAAUCGCUCAUCGUCAGAGGAACAAAAACAAACAGCAUCCACGGCGCAGACCAGGCCUUCGUCAUGUUGCACGGCAUUACCUGGUCUCAGUACUGGCAUGUCAUCGGUGGUGGUGCCAACGUCGAAGAUCUUACCCCGUUGCUCGCAAAUAACUCGUGGCUAGCCAGCGAGCACAUCAACGCUGCGAUGUGUCGGCUCUCGUGGCGGGUGAACCUGGAUCUUGAGCUAUCAAAAUCUGUCAUCAUCGCUCCAGUGCACUUUUCCGACACCAUCAAGGGCGUGUAUAGUGGACGAAAGCGACCGCAAGCCUUACCUGCUUACUUGCAGUGUUAUACCCGAUUCUUUCACGAAGGAACGCGCCCGGUAUUCUAUUUCCCGGUCAAUCUCAGCGACAGCCAUUGGAUCGCCAUACGCGUUGAUUUUGAAGAGGAGACGAUCAGCUAUGAACGACCUGAGGAGAUAAUGGAGCCUUUAACGCGAUGGCUGAAGUACGAGUUCAAUGGCUCCAAGUUCAAAGAGCUUGGAAAUACUUUACCUCACGGAGUACAGGAAGACAGCUCAUCAUGCGGGAUAUGCACAGUCAAUACAAUCGCACACAACCUCUUUGGUGAACCGCUCUUCAAGCAUAAGGAUCGUUUGAAGCAUCGUAUAUCCUUAUUCAUAGAUUUAAGCGAUCAUCAGAUAACCCUUGAAACUCCCGCAAGAGCUGUCGCCUCUCAACGGCUUGAGAACUUCGACGUCAAUUGGGGAGACUACAACUUUGGCGGAACAACAGACAUUGCACCAGCAACGGAUAUUAUCAGCUCGUCUAUUACCCCUCACUCAAGCAGCAAUACGUCCGCUGCAGCUCCAUCCAACCUCAACAAGCAGAUGACUGGCGAAACGCUCACUGCUGGUGCACUAGCGCCUGACGCUGGUAUUUCAGGCAUUGCAGAUAUUCCUGUACCGUCUGAGGCCGUUCGUCCCCUCCCCUUCGAGCUUGAGGACGAAUCUUCGAGUCUCGCCGAGUCUCGCAAGCGAGGGUUAUCUUUAUCUGUGAAUGUUUCGCUCAUUCAGCCAACAAAGAAGCGAUUAAAGCCCAAGCCAUCACCCAACGAGCAGUCCCCUCUACUACCCUUCCAGCCUCCUCCUAUCCAAGUUGUAGAUAACACACCUCUUCCGCCAUCAGAUUCUCGCAAGCGGGGGUUAUCAGCCGCAUCUGCAGCGAACGCAGUCAGUAAGCCCAAGAAGCAGCGAAAGCGAGGACAAUCAGCUACUAUCACUGAUAAUGCUGCUGAAACGGAGGAUGAGGAUGGAGGCAGUCCUACUCGCGGACCCAAGCGAUCAGCCCUUAACGAGAAAGAACUGCGAAACCAUAUGAAGGCUGGGACUCUGAUCGUUGAUCCUGAGAGGAAGGAGGUCUACGACACGAAAAUCAAGGAACUUGACCCAGUAGCCAUCCUGGAGUAUGGGAAGGCGUGGUCGGUCUGCUGCUCACAUUGUCGCGAUACAAUCCUGCAAAAAGGUCCUUAUGAUACGUGGAAGUUCAAGAACCAUAUCGAAAAGAAAUGCAGGGGAGAGGCGAACACGAACCAGGUUACUGGUUACUUCCAGCCCAAGCCGAAGUCAUGGAAAGUCGACAAAGGGGAGGAGAUGCAGCCACAAAUACAGCCGCCCGUAGCAUUCCCAUGCAUGGGAAUCUCCGAAAGAACUGAUGAAAAGGUGGGCACGUAUCUUCGACGCUCGGGAGAUAUUGGCGGUGGGGGAACGUCUCCACACGAUCUUUCUAUGAAACGCUUCAAGGUCCCCUACUCCGAUCUCAUCGACACCGACAAAAUCAUAAUCGACGCGAUUCGAAACCAUGGACUUGCCUGGCUUAACUAUCACGAGCAAUCCCGUGUCUUUGCUGCUGACUGCCAGAGGCUGAUUUCUGACUCAGCAUAUCGUUUGCAAGGGAUGUGCCCAGCGUGCUCAAGUGUCUACCUGUCUCCCGAGUUUCAAAAGGCGAUCAAGAUAAAAGAACCCAAGGCGCACGAUUACAAGUACAACAACAAGCGUUACCAGAAUAGACAGCUUGGACUCUUCUAUUCCCGCGUCAAAGGUCUUCGAGAGUUCUAUGAGAACGACGCAGUAAAAUCCGCCGCUGUCAAGUUUGCGCUAGGUGUUAUGAAGGGUGGGCUCGCAAACAGGAAAGAGGCAAUUGGAAUUCUUGAGGCAAUCGUCGACGCCAAUGAACGCAAAGAGAAGGGCAAAGGGAUGCAAAAUAUGCGUUAUUCUAAAGAGCUGAAGGGGCUUGCGGACCACUUGGCCAUGUCUAGUCCCGAAGGAUACCGUAGAUUAUCUCAGUCGCUCCAGCUUCCAAGUACACGGUACUUUCAGCUUGAGCGGGCUAAGGAGCCGCGCUUUCCAUGUGGAAUUGACGACCGAAACAUCAAGAUGGCGGUUAAUUAUCUCAAGUCUGUGGGUGUAGAUGUUGCAAGCCUUAGCUGUGACGAUACAAAACUCCACCCUUCCUUACGAGUUUUCUGGGAUGUUGAACAUCAAGGACAUGUAUUAGUCGGGAGCAGCGAGGAGCCCAGACUCGUUGCCAAUCCCGCAGAACUUGAGGAGGCUCUCAAGGAACUCCAAGGCAAGAAAGCUACAAAACUUCGUAUAUGGUGCUUGCAGGUACCGCUCCCUAAUAUCCCUCCGAUUAUCAUUGCUGCAAAGGCGAUCUCUGAGAGCGUCCCUGCUAAGAAACUCGCUCCCCUUUCCAUUCGCCUCAUUCGCGGGCUUACCGAGAACGGGACCAAGGUUGUGUCAUAUGCCUGCGAUGGUACUGAGACAGAACGAGUUGUUCAACGUCUUAUAACCGAGGCUGCUGACGACUACUGUACCUACACUAUCAAGAAUCCAAUACCAGGACAGGAAGAUUUUGUCCUCAAGAUUGCCAGGUUCAAUGGCCAGCCAGUCGUUAUGAUCCAAGACUCAAAGCACGCGCUCAAGACUUGCCGCAAUAACAUGAUAUCUGGCGCUCAUGUUCUCGUCUUGGUCAACUACAUUGUUAUGUACUCAUAUGCUCACGACCUUGCUUCAAAAGAUGGACCGCUCUAUCGUAACGACGUCGAGCGCCUUGAUCGACAGGACGACCGAGCUGCAACACGUCUCUUCUGUGCUAACACUCUCGAGUAUAUCAUCAACGACAGCGAGAUGAAGGGCCGCCUUGGCCUCAUCGUCUAUCUCUUCAUCUGUGGAGAGCUCGUUGACGCUUACCAGAGCAGACAUAUCAGUCUCGAAGAGCGCACUGUCAUGCUACUUCGGGCAAAGCAGUUUCUUCUUGUGUGGCGAGAAUUUCUACGUGCCAUGGGCUAUCCAGAGCACCGUUACUUCAUAUCUCUUCAAGCCUUUAACAUUCUCAACAUGCUCGCCGACGGUCUCCUUGCUCUUAUUUUGGUGUACCGGGACUACAUCUCCGUCGAUACUGAUUUCCCUCUUUUACCGUGGCUUCACUCGAGCGAAGCUUGUGAGCACAUGUUUGCAGAGCUUCGCAAACUUCUGAAGGAUUUCACUUACCUGGACUUCAUCUACAUGCACCCAAAACUCCUGCGGAUGACACGAUCUGCCUUAAAGUCCUACGACGCUGAGGAAGGAAAUCCGUCAGGAGCAAAACUUGGAUACCACCACACCCUCUUUGACAGCAUCCGGGUUGAUCUGCCACGUCUUGCUACAUUCCCAUCCGAUUCGCAGAUAGACGCGUGCUCCGAGAAGGCAUGGGAAGAGGUUGACAGUUUAUUCAUGCGCCUUGGUCUCUCGCCGGCCGAAUUUCUUGGGGACCACACUGAGGAGACUUUGAGGCUUCCGAGUAUCAGGUCUUGGUUUACGUCUGAAACAGAUCCCGACGAGCCCUUGUCUACCGAUCCAUUGGCACACGACAAAGCCGUAUUGGAACUCGAAGAAACCGAUUUUAUUGAAGAGUAUACCAGCUUGCCUUCUUGGGACGAUAAUCUAGAUGACGACGCUGAGGAAAUGCUAGCUCUCACAUACGCAGCAUCUGCGCUUGGCUUAGAGAAGUCAAAAUUUGCCCAGGAAACACCGGACCUCACGGAUGAGGAACGUCAUCGGAACGUGGAGGAAGAUCAACAGCAUGUCAUACAGGCUAUUCAACAAGCAGGUCGCAUCUCUCUGCCGCAGGUCAAGUUGGUUGAUGAAGAACAUAUUCACGCGUCAGAUGACGUUGUAAACAUUCACGAGUCACUCAAUUUCAUGGUUCUCGUCGAGAUGAGACGCCGCCAUGAGCCUCAUUGGGCCAAGAAGUGCACUCGCACGUCGGCCAGAGCGUACAACGAGGACGAAAACGAAACGUUUACAGAGGCAGACAAAACUCGAACUCAAAUCGCUCGCAGAAUGCAGGAGAUCUUACGUGCGCACAACAUAGAUGAACAGGCACUUCGAGUUUCGACAGGUCUUGUACGCCAAGUACACUGGAGGGGACAGUCUCAGCCCACAGGUAAUGCCCUCAAUGCAAGAUUAACGGCUGGUUCUCGGGCAGCAGCAGUGGUCACACAGCGUACACGGGCUUUUGCUGCCAGUGGUGCACCUCAAGCACAAAAUCUCGGAGAUGCUGGUGUAGGCUCAUCGACCGUUGUCGGACGAACACUAUACCCACUUAAGGCAGAGCGGUACGGCUUUGUAUUCAUUGAUGGCCAAGUGAUGGUAGGGAAAGCUGUCUACUGUCAAGGCGGCUCGAGCAACACGCCCCAUUCAUGGGUCGAGGCUGUCGACAGUAUCGGACGCGUCUCUUAUCUUGUUCUGCAAGUUUUCCAGUAUAUCAUGAAGAAACUGCGGAGGUUCCGAGCAAUUCACCAAGCACCCGCCGGAGAAUCUCCUCUACCUCAAGCGUGGCGCUUCGCGCACCUUCCGUCCAUUCAGUUUCUGCAAAUUAUGCCCGGGAAUGUGACUAUGUCCAUUGAUCUUCGCACACUCGACAUCACAGAAGACGCUCUUCGACGGUUUCAAGGGCUAGUUGACGAAACCAAGGCACUGGUCAAUUCAUUCAAAAUCUACAACGAACCUAAGACAACAGCUAAAGAUGGAAAGCCACAGGAGAAGCCGAGUGCGAGCAAGAGGAAGACGAAUGCUUCUACGCCCCUUCUCAAGUGCACAAGACGACCCUCUCCUCGGGCGAAGCCAUCAUGGUGUCGGAUCGACCGUCGAAUGGUACCAGGAGGAAACCUACAAGUUCCGCCUGUCUUCCGCGAGACGCUGCUCGAUCACUACACGCGCGAGAAGGGCUCCAUUUUCCCGUCGAGCUAUCACGAGUACCUCGUCGAUCUGCUCCGGAACAACGACCUGGACGACCUCUCGGUGUCCAGGCCGCGCACGCGGCUCGAGUGGGGUGUGCCGGUGCCGGGCGACCCGGAGCACACGAUCUACGUGUGGUUCGACGCGCUGACGGUGUAUCUCGGCGGGAUCGGGUUUCCGUGGGCGGGUGGGGCGGCGGAGGGCAGUGGGGCGGGGUCGGCGCCGGACGUGCAGGUGAUUGGGAAGGAUAUCCUCCGCUAA